AUGGAGAUAUAUUACAAAAGAAAUGUAGAAUCAACGAAACCUAUAGAAGAACAUGUUCAAAGUGCAAAGAAGAGUAAUGUGGAAAUACAAAGAAAUGUUCAAAAUAACUUGAAACAAGAAGUCAAAGACGUGACAUUACAGAAUUCUCCAGAAAAUGCUAAAUCAAUAUCACCUGAGAUUCAAAAAAAUAUUAUAAGAGUUGUUGCAAAUGAAUUCAUCAAUGUGAUUGUCAAAGGCAUUAGGGAUGCUUUAUUUUCUAUUGUAGUUGAGGAACCUCGUGGCAUCUCAAUGAAAGAACAAAUGGUUGUUGUGUUACGUUAUGUGGAUAAAAAGGGUAUAUGGAUUGAGAUAGCUAGAUUGAGAGGACAAGGUUAUGAUGAAGCUAGUAAUAUGCAAUGUGAGUUCAACGGUUUGAAGACUCUUAUUUUAAAGGAGAAUUCUAGUGCUUAUUACAUUCAUUGUUUAGCUCAUCAACUUCAACUAGCUCUCGUUAGUGUGGGAAAAAAGCAUGAUAAAGUUUCAGAGUUCUUUUGUGUGGUAAAUACUUCAUUUCUUCUGUGUGUAUCAUGUUUGUCUCCCGAUAAUUUAUUUGUUGCUUUCGAGAAGCAAAUGCUAAUUCAACUUGUUGGGUGCUAUCCAAAAGAUUUUUCUGCAAUGGAGUUCAUGGCUCUUGAUGAUCAACUUCAAAAUUAUAUUGGUGAUAUGCAUCCAAGUAUAGAAUUUUUAUAUUUGAAGGGGAUUAAUCAUCUUGCAAAAAAGAUAGUUGAAAUGGGAAAAGAUAAGGUGUAUCCCUUAGUCAAUCGAUUAUUGAUAUUGUCAUCAAUUUUUCCUAUUGCUACUGCUACAGUUGAAAGAGUAUUUUAUGGAAUGCAUUUUGUAAAGACCAAGCUGCAUAAUCGUAUUGGCGAUCAAUGGUUGAAUGACAAAUUAAUUAUCUAUAUUGAGAAAGAAAUUUAUGAUUGUAUUGAUAAUGAAGUUAUUAUGCGUCAUUUUCAAAACAUUAAAACUCGUUGUGGAAAUUUGUAA